UUGUCAAAUUACUGCUCUUCGCCGGAAGAGCAUCCUCUCCACUAUCCUUGGAUUAUAUCUCUGGAUGUAAAAAAACACACUACUCCUUUGAACUCCCGGAAAUGUUUCCUGUAAGAUAGAGCAUGAAUGACACAAAGUUGUUUUGAAAACUUCAUAACUUUCCUUGGCAUGAUAAGCGUUUAUUUUAUUCGUGUGCAUGUUCGCCAAACCCAGAAGACAGCUGAGGGGUUAAAACUGCUCAUUCAGACUUGCCACGCGCUCGGAAUUCGUCUCGAGAGGGUAUUGUUGAAUCAGGACCUUUGAUCAUCGAAACCCACAGGAUUUUGCGUCAAGAAACUCGAUCCGCAAAAAUCCAAAGCCGAUUUAAAGCACUGAAGUACACCUUGGUAAUCUUAAGUUCACUUUCUCAGUGUCCGAGUAUUCAAGUGUACAGCUGAAACGUUCUCUCUUCAACACAGGUUGUGCCGAAUUACAUGUCCGAACAUGGAAGACAAAGACAAAGAGGGCAAAAAGGAGGGGGAGGAGAAGCCCAGAGAACUGAAAAUCUGUGCUCAUUGUGAGAAAAAGAUCGAAGGGAAGUUUUUGCUGCGAGCUUUGGACCAAUUUUGGCAUGAAGAGUGUCUGAAAUGUUCCUACUGCAACACACAGCUGGCUGACUUGAGCUUCAAGUUUUACCACAAAGGAGAUUUAAUACUUUGUAAACGAGACUACAUCAGGUUAUUUGGUGCCACGGGAAUUUGCUCCCGAUGCUUGAAAACAAUACCGCCGCUGGAAAUGGUCAUGCGGGCUCGUGAACAUGUGUAUCAUCUCGACUGCUUCGCUUGUCAAGUCUGUCGCUACAGAUUCUGCGUGGGUGACAGGUUUUAUCUUCACUACAAUGCAGUUCGAUGUCAAGAUCACUACUGUGUGGACAGGGGCUACUUUUUUCAAACGCCUUUCUUCGUGUAGACUACCUUUACUGCCGUAAAUCCUGGAAUUAGCGCRUGGGCGCUUAAUUCAAAUUUAGGAGGAGACGGGGGACGCUU